AUGGCCUCCCUCUCCAGACUAGAUCUUCGGGAAUGCCUCCAAACCCUGUCUGUCUUGCAGUGGCUCCCCGUCUACAUAUUUUUAGGAAUGAUUCCUGUUUUUCUUAUACCCUACUUUCUGGUGUUCACUAAAUUCUGGAUCUUGUCUGUGCUUGCCUUAGCCUGGCUCGCCUAUGAUUGGAAUACCCACAGUCAAGGUGGUAGGCGUUCAGCUUGGGUACGAAAUUGGACCCUCUGGAAGUAUUUUCAAAAUUAUUUCCCAAUAAAGCUGGUGAAGACUCAUGACCUCUCUCCCAAACACAACUAUAUCAUUGCCAAUCACCCCCAUGGCAUUGUCUCUUAUGGUGUGUUUAUCAACUUUGCUACUGAGGCCACUAGCUUUGCUCGGAUUUUCCCAGCCAUCACUCCUUCCUUAGGGACCUUGGAAUGGAUCUUCUGGCUCCCAAUUGUGCGAGACUAUGUGAUGUCAAUGGGUGUGUGCCCAGUGAGUGGCUUGGCUUUGAAGUAUUUGCUGACCCAGAAAAGUGCAGGAAAUGCUGUGGUUAUUGUGGUGGGUGGAGCUGCUGAAGCCCUCUUGUGCCGGCCAGGAGCCUCUACCAUCUACCUUAAAGAACGUAAAGGUUUCGUGAAGUUGGCACUGAAGACAGGAGCAUACCUUGUCCCUUCCUAUUCCUUUGGAGAGAAUGAGGUUCACAAUCAAGAGACAUUCCCUGAGGGCACGUGGAUAAGGUUCUUCCAAAAAAUCUUCCAGGCCACAUUCAAAAAAAUCCUGGGACUAAAUCUUUGUACUUUCCAUGGCCGAGGCCUCACUCGAGAAUCCUGGGGCUUCCUUCCUUUCAAUCGGCCCAUUACCACUGUUGUCGGGGAGCCCCUGCCAAUCCCCAAGAUUAAGAGGCCAGACAAGACGACAGUGGACAAGUACCAUGCACUCUACAUCGAUGCCUUGCGCAAGCUGUUUGACCAGCACAAAGUUCAGUAUGGCCUUCCUGAGAGCCAGGAGCUGAAAAUCAUAUAA